AUGUCUACUACUCUGCCUGAUCAUGAUCCUCCGUCCAGCUCCAUUCCUCCUUUAGACGGCAAAAGGGGUCCACGUUCAGCAGCGAAAGCAGGAAAGUCAACAGAAAGGAUGGGUCCUGGCUAUGUAUAUUAUCGUCUAUACACUAAACUCGGUGCAUUCGAAUCAAAUCACGCCCUCUACCACGACGACCGUUUCAUUGGCCGCAUUCCCUCGAAAUCUUUUGCCCCUCCUCACACCGUGGCGUCUAUCAAAUGGUCCUUGUGCAAACUUGAGGGUCUUGCGGAGCCCGACAAGGCGCUUCUCUUCACAUCGCUCUCAAGCCCAGCACCUAAGGAAGACACUGCCCGCCUUUCCUUUCUUGUCGGCGUCUCCUACCCAAAUAGUGCACUCAUCAGGAUUGUAGUAUACUAUCGCGUCUACUCAUCAGAAGGAGGAGAUAAAAAGUCAAAGACGUCCUUUGACAAAAGUGAUAUUUCGUUAGGACGCAUCAACACCCUCUUCGUUGCUCCCCCUCACACCGCUGGGUCUCUGAAAGCAUGCAUCGCAAAAGUUGAAGGCCUCGCCACGCCGGGUCAUGCACUUUACAAGGACAUGGAACUCUUCCAAGACGUGAACAGUGACGCUACUAUGAGCGACGUGAAUGUCAUAUCCUUCCUAGGUGACACUUAUCCUGGUAGCGAUCGAGGUGAUCCCAUAGCCCUUGUCAAUGCAUACGGUAACGUUUUCAAUGGGACAGAAUCAAAAAUCACGAAACGAGUGCCCGCCACUACCUCAGAGGUACCUGCCGACACUGUUGUUGAGGAAGCCCCCGAGGCGGCUGCUACUGAAGAGGCCAAGCCUGCUAAUGCUGAGCUGAAGAAGGACAGGCCCAAGAGUCCUGGCCUGCUGUCCAAGCUCUUGAGCCCUUUCAAGGGUGACAAAAAGUCCAAGGGUUCCAAGAGCCCCAAGAAGGAGAAGAAGAAGAAAGAGGCUGCCCCAGCUGCUAAGGAGCUUGCUGCUACUGAGGCACUGAUCAUCCCAGAGGUUGCAGAGCCUGACAAGAACGAGGAGCCAGCUGCACUGGCAGUGGCUUUCGAAGAAAUAGCUUACAUCUACAUACCAGCACCUCAAUCAUUUGGUGUCUCCGUGCAAACACUGAAUACGAGCAAACAUGCCAGAGUCCACAAGUAUGAGGUAACUUCCCCAUCCACCCGUUGA